CACCGUGUAAAAGAUCGGCAAAACGCGUUGGAGCAACACAAAUAUGAUCGGCAACUAAAAGUUCCCCAUUCACUUCCAUACCACAUGACUCCAAUUAUUGCAGAUCAAACCUGGAAAACGACUAUAAAUUGCGUGCACCAAGGAGACUGUUCCAAGUUUUAACCAAAGAUCAUAAGAUAUAAUAGUAAUAGUAGUCUCUAAUUAGCCAAAGAUAUGAGGUUUAGUGAGUUGGUCUUGGUUGUUAUAGUCUGGCUUUGGUUGAGCGGCAGGGCUUUUCCACAGGAACAGCAGGUCCAAGUGCCAUGUUUCUUCAUAUUUGGUGACUCGUUGGUUGACAAUGGAAACAACAACGGAAUUCUUACUCUUGCCAGGGCCAAUUACCGGCCUUACGGCAUUGACUUCCCGCAGGGUUCAACUGGCCGCUUCACCAAUGGUCGAACUUUCGUUGAUGUUCUAGCUCAACUACUUGGAUUUCCUACUUAUAUACCACCCUAUUCCAGAACCCGAGGCCGAGCAUUGCUGAGAGGAGUGAAUUAUGCAUCUGGCGCAUCUGGCAUCCGAGAUGAGACCGGAAACAAUCUGGGAGCCCACGCGUCAAUGAAUGAGCAAGUAUCCAAUUUUGCAGACACAGUGCAACAAAUGAGAAGGUUUUUCAGAGGAGACACAAAUUCACUGAACAGUUAUCUGAGCAGAUGCAUUUUCUAUUCUGGAUUGGGAAGUAACGAUUACCUUAACAACUAUUUCAUGCGUGAUUUCUACUCAACUAGUUCACAGUUCACCCCAAAAGCCUACGCUUCCUCACUCAUUCAGGACUACACGCGCCAGCUGACUCUAUUGUAUCAACUGGGAGCUCGAAAAGUGAUCGUGACUGCAGUAGGACAGAUCGGUUGCAUACCGUACCAGCUAGCUCGGUACAAUGGCAAUAACAGCCGAUGCAAUGAAGAUAUCAAUAAGGCAAUUGUUAUUUUCAACUCUGAGCUUAGGAAACUGGUCGACCGUUUCAAUGGCGGUCAAUUGCCUGGAGCCAAGUUUGUUUUCCUGGAUUCGUACCAGAGCACCUUGGAUCUAUACCAAAAAGGAAAGUCCUAUGGAUUUGAUAUUAUAGACAAAGGUUGUUGUGGUGUUGGAAGAAACAAUGGUCAGAUAACUUGUUUGCCUCUUCAGCAACCGUGUGCUGAUCGCAGCAAGUACUUGUUUUGGGAUGCUUUUCAUCCAACAGAAGCUGCAAAUAUUAUAUUUGGCAAGGCUGCUUACAGCUCCAAACCGCAGUCCUAUACAUAUCCCAUCAACAUCCAAGAAUUGGCAAUGCUAUAGAGUAACUGGGCCAUUUAAAUUGAGUAAACUCUAUGUACUACAUUGUGUGUUGAUUUAUUUCCAGCAAUGCAGAUUUCUGUGUAAUUUAAUUCUAAGACCUACCUGCCUUGGUAAUUCCUGUAAUUCCUUUUGCCAUAUUACAUAAAUGUGCUUAUUGCCAUUUAUUAUAUCUUUACCGACAAAAAUACAAUUUUUAA